AUGACUAAGUAUGGAAACUGUGAGAGAGACAGAGUGGAUCUCAUUCUGAUUCAGGAACUCCACAAAGAAGAAUCCCAGUGGACUUACUACGGCGAUGAUGAAUUAACUGUGAAGAUGAGCAUGACUGAAGACAUAUUUGAUAGCUUGAUCCUUGAUACAGUCAGAGUUCUCAACAAGAUUUAUUUGAGAAAAGCCAGGUUGGUUUCUGUGCUACUGGCAUCUGUCAGAGUUGUGGAGUUGAUAUCCUUGGGAACCAGGCCAGUCUGCCUGCUGGGAUCUGUGGUUGCUUCUGCUGAAAAUGGAAAUAUAUUUUUGUUUUCAGACUGGGAGUCUGCAAUUAGAAUUGGUGUGCUGGAUUGCGGGGAAGAAGAGAACUAUGAGACAUGCAAGGAGUAUGGGAUCCACUUCUAUCCAACUGUAAGGUUCUUCAGAGCAUUUACAAAGCAGUUUACGACUGGAGAAAACUACAAAGGAGCGGAUCGUGAGCUGCAAACAGUUCGCCAGAUGAUGGUUGACUUCUUGCAGAACCAUUCCCAAGAGUCAAGACCUCCUGCUUGCCCACCACUGGAUCCAGUUUCGUCCAGUGAUGUUACUUCUCUCUUCGACAAGAAAGCCCCUCAUUAUACUGCUGUUGUGGUUGAAAGUAAUAACUCCUACAUUGGCCGAGAGGUUAUCUUAGAUUUGAUCCAGUAUGAAAACAUUGCUGUAAAGAGAGCACUGAAUUUUGAUAAGUCUUUCCUGGAGAAACUUGGGAUUACCUCAGUCCCUUCGUGCUACCUGAUGCAUCCUAACGGGUCACACGGGUUGGUUAACAGUCUGAAGCCCCUGCGGUCGGUCUUUUCUUCAUAUCUGAAGUCGCUGCCAGGGGUAAGAAGAAACUUCUUCCACCCCUUGAGCUGCCUGCUAAAGAACAAAGAGGAGAGCACAGAGAUCAAGCCGUGGAAGGAAUUUGAUAAAUCGAAGUUGUACAUGGCUGACCUUGAAUCUGGAUUGCAUUACUUGUUCCGGGUAGAGCUUGCUACACACAAGAUGCUUGAGGGAGCUGAGCUGAAGACCUUCAAGGAUUUUGUUACCAUUUCUGCCAAGCUUUUUCCUGGCCGUCAGCCUGUGGUGAAGUUGUUAGAGACCUUGCAGGAGUGGCUGGUGAGCCUUCCAUUAGACAAAAUCCCUUAUGAUGCUAUUCUAGAUCUGGUCAACAACAAAAUGCGGAUUUCUGGGAUAUUUCUCACUAAGAGAAUGGAGUGGGUUGGCUGUCAGGGCAGCAGGCCAGAGCUCAGAGGCUAUACUUGUUCCCUUUGGAAGCUGUUUCAUACCCUAACUGUGCAAGCUGCGCUGCGACCAACAGCUUUGAUAAAUACAGGUCUUGAAGACAAUCCCAGAAUAGUACUUGAGGUCAUGCUGAGAUACAUCCAGCACUUCUUUGGAUGCAAGGCUUGUGCUCAGCACUUUGAGGAGAUGGCGAAGGAAUCCAUGGACUCGGUGCAAACCUUGGACAAGGCUGUUCUCUGGCUCUGGGAGAAACACAAUGUAGUCAAUAACAGACUUGCAGGUGAUCUGACAGAAGACCCCAAAUUUCCCAAAGUUCAGUGGCCAACUCCAGACCUCUGUCCUGCAUGUCACGAGGAAAUUAAAGGGUUACACAGCUGGAACGAGGCCCAAGUUCUGCAGUUCAUGAAGCAUCACUACGACAGUGAAAAUAUUCUUUAUAAAUACACUGAGAGCCAGACUGACUCCAGUGAUACUGAACUAAAAGAUGCAAGGGAGGAGAAAGACAAAAGCCUGCUGGAGAAACCGGGUGGAAAUAGAGAAAAUGUGGUCCUGAACCAAGAACUCAUAAGAGAUUCAGAAUCUAAGCUGUUCAAUAAGCUCCUAGGGAACCAUGGACCUGCCAAAGACAGCAGUAAAAGUGCAUUUGAGUCCGUGAACCAUCAGGAGAGCAGGCAGUCUGUAAUUUUCUUAGGGAUUGGAUUUUCCAACAUAGACAUGAGUCUGUGUGUCGUCCUGUAUGUAGCAUCAUCCUUAUUUCUGAUGAUCAUGUACUUUUUUUUCCGAAUGAGAUCUAAACGGUGGAAAGUGAAGUAUUAUCGCCCAUCUGUGUAACAGCUCCCCUUGGGAGCCAGGUGGUUGUUGUUGUUGUUGUUGUACGUGGCUGUUCAGUACCAGAUACAACUUUAAUAUUUAUGAUCAGGGAUUUUAUAUACAAUAUUCCUUGUUUUAAAACCCUUU